AUGCAGGUUGCACAGCUGCAGCUAAUCGCCUGUUUCGAUGGGGGAGCGCUGUGCUACAGCAGCAGCAGAAGCAGCAGCAGCGGAAACGGCAGCGAAGCAGCAGCAGCGGAAACGGCAGCGGCAGCAGCAACAGCGAGCCCUCCUGAAGCAGAAAAGCACACAACUGAAGCAGAAGAGCCUGCAGCAGCAGUAGCAGCAGCAGAAGCAGAAUCUGAGACACUUGCAACGGUGGCAAAGCCUCAAGCAGCAGCAGCAGCAGCAGCAGCAGGGCGUGAUGCAGCGGGCAGCGUGGGUGAUGCUGAUGAGCAGCCAUCAAAUGAAGCAGCAGCAGCAGCAGAGGCCGCUGUGGAUAAGGGCAUCGAUUCAGAGCGAGAUUUGAUAACUCUCGUUGAGGAUAUUGCUGCUGCUGCUGCUGCUGCAUCAGCAGCAGCAAACAAGCUGGUGAAAGACUUUAAUACUUAUAAAGAUGCAUGCGAAGCAAAAGCAGAAAGCCUUGAACAAAGACUCAACGCAUCUGCAGCAGAGCUGCACCGACUGGCUGUAGAAGUGCGUCUAGGCGUAGGGGGGCUUCGCGCAGUGCAUGCAAGCGAAGUGCGGAGGCUUGUCAGGGAGUUGGGGAGAAUAACAGCAGCUCAUCGUUUUAUGCCUCUCUAUGCUGCCCAGAAUGACCUGCGUAGACGGCUCGUAGAACUGCAGCAAAGCCAAGAGGCUACAGCACGUGAGGUGCAGCACCUGAACGCGUCUUAUACUUCUCUGGAGGAUAGUUUGCAGGAGCAGCUGAAGGCAGCAGUUGCUGCAGCACAAGAAACAUCUGCUAGCAGCUAUCAUUUGCUUGCGGAGAGGCUUCGAGAGCUUGCUGCAGCAAAGGUAGAGGAGGUGCAACGGGAAUAUAAUCAGCACCGCCUUGAUGAGGCAGCAACAGAUCGAAUCAUCACUGAAAUUAUAAGUCAACUUAAAAAAAAAGGCGUUGCUGUCGUUGACUUCUCCGAUGUUUUCGCUGAUUACUCCUUCGAAGUGGUUAGGCAAGAAUUCAUGGUCAGGAUGUCAAGAAGAAUUAAUGCUUACUUCUUGCCUGUGUUCAUAGUAACGCAGACAGCAGCCGAUAUGUCUGACUGGCUGUACAGCCAGUAUCAUCUUGUUCCGUCUAUGAGGCUUUUAGAGAUUAUAAUCGACGAGUUAGCGCAUGAAAAUGAUAGAGAUGCAUAUGCUGUAGUGCAGGUACAGAGCGUCAAUACAGAAGUUCUGCUUCGGCGUGCACAGAUAGCUACAGCUCCACCAGCGAGCAGCAGCAGCAGCAACAGCAGCAGCAGCAGCAGCAGCAGCAGCAGCAGCAACCGGGGGGGAGGGAUUGCGGGGCGCGGCAAUGAAGGGGCCUCUGGGAGGCUGAGCCACGCGGGAGACGUGCAGCACCAGCAGCAGCAGCAGCAGCAGCACAGCCUGUUGACUGGGCGCCUGCUGCCUGUCAUUGCUCCCCCCUCGCAAGAAGCUCUUGUUGUUGCAACUAGUGCUUCCUUUGGAGCAGAAGUUGUAAAACGAUUUGAUGAUCUUACAAAAACAUAUUUAAGAAGUGCUGUAGUGGAUGCUGAUGCUUCUGCAUUGGAUGGUGAUGCUGCUGGUGCUGUAGCUGCUGCUACUGCUGCAGUGGAUGCUGCUGCUACAGUGGAUGCUGCUGCUGCAGUGUAUGCUGAUGCUGCAACAGUGCUGCUGCUGCGGGCUGCUUCAUGA